AUGGCCUCAGCAGAAUUAAAGAUCAUACUAGUAAAAGUCCGAGCAGAGAACAAUAUUCUCCGAGUUAUUUUGUCGUCUACCCAGCUAACAUUUCAGUUAAUUAUAAGAACCCAAAAUUCAAGUUCCCGACCACCCCUAACAACGAGCCAAAUCCCCGAAGAAACUACACCAAAACCAACCAGCUAA